AUGGACGGAGGAAGGGACGGAGGAAGGGACAGAGGCAGGGACGGAGGCAGGGACGGAGGCGGGGACGGAGGCGGGGACGGAGGCGGGGACGGAGGCAGGGACGGAGGCGGGGACGGAGGCGGGGACGGAGGCGGGGACGGAGGCGGGGACGGAGGCGGGGACGGAGGCGGGGACGGAGGCGGGGACGGAGGCGGGGACGGAGGCGGGGACGGAGGCGGGGACGGAGGCGGGGACGGAGGCGGGGACGGAGGCGGGGACGGAGGCGGGAACGGAGGCGGGGACGGAGGCGGGGACGGAGGCGGGGACGGAGGCAGGGGCGGAGGCAGGGACGGAGGGCAGGACGGAGGCAGGGACGGAGGCAGGGACGGAGGGACGGAGGCAGGGACGGAGGCAGGGACGGAGGCAGGGACGGAGGCAGGGACGGAGGCAGGGACGGAGGCAGGGACGGAGGCAGGGACGGAGGCAGGGACGGAGGCAGGGACGGAGGUAGGGAUGGAGGCAGGGAUGGAGGCAGGGACGGCGGAGGGGAUGGAGGAGGAGACAGAUGCAUGGGCGGCGGCAGGGACGGAGGCUGGGACGGAGGCGGGCAAGGAGGCAGAGACGGAGGAGGGGACGGAGGCAGGCAAGGAGGAAGAAAAGGAGGCAGAGACGGAGAAAGGGACGGAGACAGAGACGAACAUGGGCGGAGGGAAUGAAGGGCGGAAAGAGGGAGGAAAAUCCUUAUUUAGAUGGCCUUGCAUGAUGCCUUAA